GGUCACACCACUCGCUCGGCCGGCGCUGCGUCAGCCCGACAAGAUGGAGACGGCCGAGGAAGAUAUAUGCAGAGUCUGUCGAUCUGAAGGAACUCCUGAGAAACCCCUCUAUCAUCCAUGUGUUUGUACUGGCAGUAUUAAAUUUAUUCAUCAGGAAUGCUUAGUUCAGUGGCUUAAACACAGCAGAAAAGAAUACUGUGAAUUAUGUAAGCAUAGAUUUGCUUUCACACCAAUUUAUUCCCCAGAUAUGCCUUCAAGGCUUCCAAUCCAAGACAUCUUUGCGGGACUGGUUACAAGUAUUGGCACAGCAAUACGAUACUGGUUUCAUUAUACACUUGUGGCCUUUGCAUGGUUGGGAGUAGUACCUCUUACUGCAUGUCGUAUCUACAAGUGCUUGUUUACUGGCUCUGUGAGCUCACUACUGACACUGCCAUUAGAUAUUCUGUCAACGGAGAACUUACUGGCUGACUGCUUGCAGGGCUGUUUUGUGGUAACAUGCACUCUGUGUGCAUUUAUCAGCCUUGUCUGGUUACGUGAACAGAUCGUCCAUGGAGGAGCACCACAGUGGUUGGAACAAAAUCAGCAACAGCCCCUCAAUGGUGUUGGUCAGCAAAAUGAGGCUCAGGCUGUUGUCAAUGGAGGUGUUGAAAAUGCUGUGCUUGACCAACCUGCUAACCCAGCUGCUGAGAAUGUAGUUGUAGGCGAGAACCCUGAAAUUCAAGAAGAACAAGUAGACGAAGAGGAGGAAGAUAAUGAAGAUGAAGAAGAUGCUGUAGUAGAAGAUGCAGCAGAUGCAAACAAUGGAGCACAAGAUGACAUGAACUGGAAUGCUUUGGAAUGGGAUCGAGCAGCAGAAGAACUUACUUGGGAGCGAAUGCUUGGACUUGAUGGAUCUCUGGUUUUUUUAGAACAUGUCUUCUGGGUGGUAUCUUUAAAUACGUUGUUCAUACUUGUAUUUGCAUUUUGUCCAUACCACAUUGGUCACUUCUCCAUUGUUGGCCUGGGCUUUGAGGAAUAUGUUCAAGCAUCUCACUUUGAAGGCCUGAUUACAACUAUAGUCGGCUAUGUUCUGCUAGCAGUGACUCUAAUUGUUUGUCAUGGUUUGGCAGCACUUGUUAAGUUCCAACGAUCACGUCGUUUAUUAGGAGUUUGCUAUAUUGUUGUCAAGGUUUCCUUGUUAGUGGUGGUUGAAAUUGGUGUGUUUCCUCUCAUCUGUGGCUGGUGGUUGGAUAUAUGUUCUUUGGAGAUGUUUGAUGCCACUUUAAAAGACAGAGAAUUGAGCUUUCAGUCUGCCCCAGGUACCACAAUGUUUCUGCACUGGUUAGUGGGGAUGGUUUACGUCUUUUACUUUGCAUCCUUCAUCCUUCUUCUGAGAGAGGUGUUGAGACCUGGAGUCUUAUGGUUUCUCAGGAAUUUGAAUGAUCCAGACUUCAAUCCUGUGCAGGAAAUGAUUCACUUGCCCAUUUAUAGGCAUCUCAGGAGGUUUAUCUUAUCAGUGAUUGUUUUUGGAUCAAUUGUACUGCUCAUGCUCUGGCUUCCUAUACGCAUCAUUAAAUAUCUCCUGCCUAAUUUUCUUCCAUAUAACGUCAUGCUCUACAGUGAUGCUCCAGUAAGUGAACUUUCCCUAGAGCUCCUUUUGCUUCAGGUGGUGCUUCCAGCUUUGCUAGAACAAGGACAUACAAGGCAGUGGUUGAAAGGUCUUGUACGUGCAUGGACUGUAACUGCUGGAUACUUGCUGGAUCUCCAUUCUUACCUACUUGGUGACCAGGAAGAGAAUGAAAACAAUGCAAACCAGCAGCCUAACAACCAGCAUGCUCGCAAUAACAAUGCCAUUCCAGUUGUGGGAGAAGGUCUUCAUGCAGCCCAUCAAGCCAUACUUCAACAAGGAGGACCUGUGGGUUUCCAGCCUUAUAGGAGGCCUUUAAAGUUCCCACUCAGGAUAUUUCUUUUGAUUGUUUUCAUGUGCAUAACAUUACUGAUUGCUAGUCUUAUCUGCCUUACCUUACCAGUGUUUGCUGGCCGAUGGUUAAUGUCAUUUUGGACUGGGACUGCCAAAAUCCAUGAACUGUACACAGCUGCUUGUGGUCUUUAUGUCUGCUGGCUAACGAUCCGAGCUGUGACAGUGCUGGUCGCCUGGAUGCCACAGGGUCGGAGGGUGAUUUUUCAGAAAGUCAAAGAAUGGUCUCUCAUGAUAAUGAAGACGUUAAUAGUGGCUAUCCUGCUAGCUGGUGUGGUUCCACUUUUGCUUGGUCUUCUCUUUGAACUCGUCAUCGUUGCACCUUUGAGAGUUCCUUUGGAUCAAACACCUCUCUUCUAUCCUUGGCAGGAUUGGGCUCUUGGAGUUCUGCAUGCCAAAAUAAUUGCUGCCAUAACACUGAUGGGUCCCCAGUGGUGGCUGAAAACUGUUAUUGAACAGGUAUAUGCAAAUGGGAUUCGUAACAUUGAUUUAUACUUCAUCGUCCGGAAACUGGCAGCACCCGUCAUCUCCGUUCUGUUGCUUUCCCUGUGUGUACCAUACAUCAUAGCAUCUGGGGUUGUACCUUUGUUAGGAGUUACUGCUGAAAUGCAAAACCUCGUUCAGCGACGGAUUUAUCCUUUUCUGCUUAUGGUGGUGGUUUUGAUGGGAAUUCUCUCCUUCCAAGUCCGUCAGUUCAAGCGCCUUUACGAACACAUUAAAAACGACAAGUACCUUGUUGGACAACGGCUUGUGAAUUACGAACGGAAGUCUGGUAAACAAGGCACAUCAACAACUCCACCUCAGUCUUCACAAGAAUAGAUGGUCGCAUUAAACACCUUGAACUUCCCUUUGCCUUUCAUGUCCUUAUUUUUCAUAGACUCUUCUUCAGUCUUUGGAUAUCUCUCCCAAGAAUUCUCUCAGCAGUGUUUCAACUUCUGUUAAUAGCAUGCAGAUAGCAGUUAAGGACUCAGCUCCUUAUCUGCAUGUUCUGAUGUUAUCGAUGCUGUCUGAGGUCUGUACAUGUGUAAAUAGAAGUAUCCUGACACCCUAAAACCUUGGAUUAAAAAAAGGAAAAGAAUGUGCAUUGUACAUCUUUUAAAAAGUUCUAUUAAUUUAUUAAAUCUAGUUGUCACUUUAUUUUGGACUGCUGUUCUGUUGACAAUGUGCCACAAAGCAAUAGUGCGAAGAGGCAAGAUGUUUUUAUAAAAUUUGGAGCUUACUUUAUGGUGUUCAUAACAAAUUCUUAUUGUAGUAACAUAGUAUGUUUGGGGUUUUGGUUUUUUUCAUGAGUGGAAAGGCCCACACAGAGAAUAUCAAAACUGAAUAACUGUCUUACAGUCAGCAGUGAAGUGGCUGUGGUGAGAACGUUAUGAACUCUGUAUCUUGCUAUCAAGUCUUUUUUAUUGUUUUGUAUAACACCAAAGCUGUUGUACAUUUUUUUUUCUAUUGCCUGAUUGUUUUUCAUGUGUCUGAGUUUGUAAUAUUGUACAGUUGCUGUUAAAAUCAAGAAAAAUAUUUCCUCUUCUGAGAAUUCAGAUGUACUCGUUGAGGCUCAGCUGGGUUUUUCUGUUUCGUGGCGGGAGUUGGGGUGGCUUUGGGGGAAUCAGGAGUUCCUGAACUGAAACAGCAAGUAAAAAAAAAUUGCUAAGGCUAGGUAAUGGAAGCACUUAAAGAGAUAGGUUCACAGCUUAAAAUUGUAGCCAAUUUCUUAUCAAUACUAGACUUUUUCAGGUCCUCGAGAGGGAAGGGAUGAACCUUAACUGAUGUGUUUGCACAAGAAACAAAGAGCAACAUUUUGACUUGGAGAGCUUCAAAUCUUUGAUGCUGUAAGUUACCAGAGUUGCAAGUUGUAGUAUAAAUCAGAUACUGCAGAAGUUCUUUAAGGAAAAAAAAACCAGACCUCCCCCAACAACAGAAAAAUCUCUCAGAAUUGGUCACUGUGAAUUUUUAUGGGAAUAAUGUUGAGGAAGUGAUUCAAUGCCUACUAUGUAUUGCCUGUGGGGCGGGGAAAUACGUGUGCUGUUAAACAGGCAAAGAAAUGUUAGCAGGUUCCUUUGCAAGGACACAGUCAAACCAGAGCCACCAAAUCAAGUCUGUGUUAUUUCUGUAUGUUGAUAGAGUUCUUUUGCAGUAAGGUUUGAGGUUCUAUUUUAUGUAGAUACUUUAAAGAAAAUACCUAACAGUAUGGCAAAGCUUUAAGUAGCAUCAAAUCACAUGCUUGGAUUGCAGUAUCUCUCCUAGAUUAAAUGGAGGAAAACGUGAGUAUCCAUUGCAGUAAUCAGAAAAUCGACGGAACGUUUAACUUGCUACUCAGUACGCUGUCCCUCAGUCUUCUGUACUUAACUAUAUGUGUGUUAUGAUUAAUACUUGAGAAGCUGGCAGGUGCUUUGAGAUUGUCAUCUCCUUUUAUUGAUAUUGCAUCUCUGAUCUGGUGUGUUUUGAGCUAACGUGGUCCGGUAACAGCAGUGGCUUGUUUUGUUGUGGCGUCAGGACUCGUGUUCUAAGGCAGCGAGCACAUGCCAAAUGCACCUCAAUCUAGUGGCAGAUGGAUUGGGCUGUCACUGUCAGAAGGGCAGAAACUACUGUUCUACAGAAUUAUCGUUGUACUGAUGAUGUUGAACCACAAAUAUUAAUUACCCUUUGGAGUGAUCGAUUAGGAAACUUCCAGUGAACUGAAAUCAUGAGAAAAAUAACCAAAAUAUUGCGCUCUCAUUCACUGUUGCUGACUAAAUGCUAGAUUGAGUAUUUACCCCCUGUAUUUUUGAUCUGCAUAAGUAUUGCAUUUGACUAUUUACAGUGGUGUACAUUAUGGGACAGAUAUAUUUUCACACUAUUAAAUUCACUGGUAACAUACAUUCUUACUUCUGCCAAGAGUCUUGUCUUUUGACAUAUCUUUUGUAAACAGUUCCAGAAUGGUUUUCCCACUCAAAUCUUGCCAGCACUACUGUGCAUCAUGCAGAGUUUGGUCCUUGUAACUUUAUGUUCCAGACAAACUGGUCUUUAACAUUAAAAUUUAUUAAGAAAAA